AUGUUUCUCGAUCAAGGUGCUAUCCGCAAGCUCAGCAUGUUUUACUACGAACCUAUUGGUCUGGGUGAUGUGCUGGUCAUCACCGCGCGCCCAGUAACCGAGAAAUCGUUACGUUGGUGCGAGGCAACCAUGACUAGGGAAGACAUGCUGGUUGCGAUUGUCACGGCCCUCUACGAUGGGCCACCUAUGGGAACCGUGGGGGAUGCCUGGCUUCGACGACCAGAUAAUUUGUUGGUUGAUGUAUGGGGAAAGCCCAUGAAUGGAACAGAGGUUGCUGGCCUGUCAGCUAAAGUCCCCGCUUCCCCUGGUUCCACCACCAUUACAGUAGCCUAG